AUGAUUGUGGAACUACGUUGGCCAAAUCAGGAGAGUUGGCAUCUAAGGAAAGGCACCUGUGACAUUGGUGAAGAGCUGGACUAUGAUGAAGAGCUGUACGUGGCUGGUAACAUGGUCAUCUGGAGCAGAGGAAGUAAAAACCAUGCCUCUUCCGUUUAUAAGGCAUUUACAGUGGACAGCCCAGUCCUGCAGGCGCUAUGGUGUGAUUUCAGCAUUCCACAAGACAAGACUGAAGGUACAGAAGCUCAAGAGAGGACAGAGAAGUGCGUGUGUAUUGUACAGAAAUCCUGUGUGAAUGUGCACACCGUGGACGGGAAGGACUACAUUGCCCCAUUACCUUUUCAGGUUGCAGAUGUUUGGGCAACCAAGUAUGGGUUAAUUUUUGAGCGCAGUAAUCCUGUGCAAGAAGCACCUUUAAGUCCUCUGCGGGAGCCACUGCCUACAAUGUUCAGCAUGCUGCACCCACUGGAUGAAAUUGCACCUCUUGUAUGUAAGCCAACAGGAGGUGUGACCAAUAUCACAAGAGUACAGUAUGUUGCUGACUAUACCCUGAAAAUCAUUUUCUCCAGCUCAGCGCCAUCAAUCAUCGUGACUUAUGACACCGCACAGUGUCUGCACGCAGUUUGGGCAUUACGCAAAAUUAAAACUGAGGAGCAAAACACAGUUCUAAGGUGUCCCAGCACGGCAGGAACCCCUCAGCAGAUUGUCACCAGCAGCUCUCUGACUGCUCACCUUCGAAGUGUCUCAAAGGGCGAGUCACCUAUAGCGUCUCCAUUCCAAAACUUCUCCUCCUUUCCAGGUCAGAACAGAUCCACGGUCUCACCUGGUGCACACUCUCGAUCUCACUCUCCUUCCAUUUCAAACAUGGCAGCUCUAAGUCGUUCUCAUUCCCCGUCUCUGGGAGCAUCAUCUUUUUCUGGCGUACAGAGGUUCAACUUAUCGACUUACACCCCGUCGCCAAAGCAGGGCCGGAAUUCCCAUUCCCCGAACAGCACUCUGAGUGACUCCUUACUGGUGCCUGAGACGGAGCCCGUCAUUCCGGAGCUGUGCCUUGAUCACCUGUGGACAGAGAGCGCGCACAACGUGAGAGAAAAAAACUCUCAAGCCUCAAAAGUAUUUACUACCAUUGACCUCUGUGGUCAGAAGUUUUUAUGUUACUUGGUGGAGUCUCGUCAUCAGUUACGAUGUGUGAAAUUUGAAGAGAGCAAUGACUUGACUCAGCUGAUUUUUGGAACAGUUACUGUCAUACAAGCAAGAGACGCUGCCCCUGUAGAGAGUGUCAACACAAUGAUGGUCCUCGAAAGUAAUGGCAAUCUUGUGCUCUACACUGGCAUUAUUCGGGUAGGGAAGGUGUUUAUCGCUGGACUUCCAACUCCCUCACUCUCUGCAUCUAAUACACUCCCACGACCUAGCACUCCACUUGGCAGUAUCAGUACCCCAGCGAGACCUUCAAGCAGGCACCCUGGUGCAUUGGAUGAAGCUGUGUGGCCAUCCCCGGUACCUGAGCUGAAUGAUUCCACAAAGAUUCAGGACUCGUACAUGGAUGACUGCACCUUCCAUCAGAUUGGAACAUACAUUCACUCCCUGCGGGAUCCUGUCCAAAACAGAGUUACCCUGGAAAUGAGUAACGGGAAUUUACUUAGGAUCACAACACCUGAAAUAACAAACUCUCAAUUGGUGAAAAAAUGCUUGCAAGCAAUAAAAUAUAUCCUUCCAAAAGAGGUUGCAGUGCAAGUUUUAAUCAAGUGGUACAAUGCGUACAAUGCACCGGGUGGACCCAACUAUCAUUCCGAGUGGAACAUGUUUGUGAUCUGUCUCAUGAACUUGAUGGGCUACAAUACAGAUAGACUCACGUGGACACGCAAUCUUGACUUAGAAGGUUCUCUGUCCCCUGUGAUUGCUGCCAAAAAAGCCAGGCCUUCAGAUGUUGGCUCAGAAGAGGACUGGGAAUACCUGCUUUCGUGUGACUAUCAUCAUAAUUUUGAGUCUCACCUUUUAGCUGGUGUGCUGCAUUUAGACCCUCUAGAGGUCUUGCAUCCCAAAGAAGAGACAUUUCUAAACCUUGGCUUGGAUUCAACCACUUUACUUUUCAAUCACAUUCCUGCCAUUUUCUUUGUGCUACACUUGAUCUAUGAGGAGCUAAAGCUGGAUAAUCUGAUGAGGGAAGGUGCACGUUCACUUGUCAUUCUCUUGUACCAGCUGGCAAGAGAUUUGAAGUUGGACAUGUACAUGGAUUCUUAUUGGAGGGACUACCCUUUAUUGGUGAAGGCUUUGAAACAAACCUGUAAAAUCGAUCAAGCACACGCAAGACUAAUGCACCAGCCGCCUUUCCUCACUGCUGAACCUCCAAGCAUCUAUCAGUGGCUAAGUUCUUGUCUAAAUGGUGACAUAAUGUCCCCUUUCCCUUACCUGCCUGGCAUCUGUGAAAGAACAAAAUUAAUCGUGCAGAGUUUUGCACUGUACGUACUUGGCGAUGAAAAGGCACUAUCACAAGAGUCAUCUCAGUAUUUAUUUCGGAUCGCAGCAGGACAAAGGAAACAGCAGGCAGAAGAAGACAACAAAAGGCUUAGUCUGAAUCCAUGCACCUCGUCUUCCAGCUUAGCGGCGAAGCUGGUGGUUUCACUUACAAACCUCGGAUUUACCUUAAAGGAUUUGGAGUCUGUUCCCUUUGGGGUUGCGCUCCCAAUACGUGAUGCUAUUUAUCAUUGCCGUGAGCAACCUUCCUCAGAUUGGUCGGAAGCAGCCUGUUCUCUUAUUGGACGCCAGGACCUUUCCAAGCAGGCGCAUGAAGGAAAUCUACACAAGACAAAAUCUGCGAUCGGGCACGUGUUACUACCUGAUGGAGCCUCGGGCACUGAAGCUGAGGAGGAGGAAGAUGGGAUGAAUGACAUGAACCAGGAUUUGAUGUCCCUAAUCUGGAACGAAGAUCUGCGCGUGCAGGAGGUUCGCCGCCUGCUUCAGAGCACGCACCCAGUCCGUGUUAACGUCAUACAGAUGCCAGAAAUGAGCGACCACGAGUACAUCGAAGAGAAAGAAAACAGGUUACUACAACUAUGUCAACGAACCAUGGCACUUCCUCCAGGACGAGGGAUGUUUACUCUGUUCUCUUACCAUCCAGUGCCAACUGAGCCACUUCCUAUUCCAAAAUUAAAUCUCACUGGGCGAGCUCCUCCCCGGAACACAACCGUUGACCUGAACAGUGGGAACAUUGACGUGCCACCCAACAUGGCCAGUUGGGCCAGCUUUCACAACGGGGUAGCUGCAGGACUGAAGGUAGCCCCAGCAUCACAGAUAGAUUCCGCCUGGAUCGUGUACAACAGACAGAAGAACACUGAGCUCACCAAUGAAUACGCGGGCUUGCUGAUGGCACUUGGGCUGAACGGGCACUUGAGCAAACUGACAACAAUGAGCAUUCAUGACUACCUCAGUAAGGGCCAUGAGAUGACCAGCAUUGGAUUGCUCCUGGGAAUUUCAGCCGCAAAACUGGGCACAAUGGAUAUAUCAGUCACGCGCCUCCUGAGUAUUCAUAUCCCUGCACUGCUGCCUCCAACCUCAACAGAAUUGGAUGUCCCCCACAACCUGCAGGUUGCAGCAGUGAUGGGUAUAGGACUGGUGUAUCAAGGAACUGCACACCGGCACAUUGCUGAAGUACUUCUGACUGAAAUAGGUCGCCCUCCAGGCCCUGAGAUGGAGAACUGUACAGAUCGGGAAUCUUACUCGUUGGCCUCUGGUCUUGCUCUUGGCAUGGUCUGUCUGGGACACGGGAGUAACCUGAUAGGUAUGUCUGACCUGAAUGUUCCAGAUCAGCUGUACCAGUACAUGGUGGGAGGCCACAGGCGCACCCAACCUGGAAUUCACCGAGAAAAGCACAAAUCGCCCAGUUAUCAAAUAAAGGAAGGGGACACUGUGAAUGUCGAUGUUACGUGUCCUGGCGCCACACUGGCCUUAGCCUUACUUUAUUUGAAAACAAACAACAGGUCAAUCGCAGACUGGCUGCGAGCCCCGGACACCCAGUACUUGUUGGACUUUGUGAAGCCAGAAUUUCUUUUAAUGCGGACUCUGGCAAGGGGAUUGAUUAUGUGGGAUGAAAUAAAACCCAACCCAACAUGGAUUAAUAGCAACAUACCGCCUAUUGUUCGACAGAACAAUGCAUCAUUAAACAGCAUGGAUGGGCAAGUAGCUGAUGAUGUUGACUUACAAACCAUGCGACAAGCUCAUAUUAACAUUAUUGCUGGUGCUUGUAUGGCAAUGGGCCUUCGAUUUGCCGGUUCUUCUAAUGCAGCAGCGUUCAAUUGUCUGUACAAAUAUGUGAAAAUGUUUCUUGAAUCUGUGUCUUCGCCUGCGGCAGCACUGGCUGGUCACCACAACCUGGAAACAUGUUUGAGUGUCGUUCUGCUUUCCCUUGCGUUAGUGAUGGCAGGCACUGGGAAUCUGAAAGUCCUGCAGAUCUGUCGAUUCAUGCAUAAGAGGACCGGAGGAGAGAUGAACUACGGCUUUCACAUGGCAUCUCACAUGGCUCUUGGUCUCCUGUUCUUAGGAGGGGGAAGGUAUUCACUGUGCACGUCUAACUCUGCCAUUGCAGCUCUCCUUUGUGCCCUUUAUCCACGGUUCCCAGCACACAGCACUGACAAUAGAUAUCACCUUCAGGCACUGAGACAUUUGUACGUGCUUGCUGCUGAGCCACGUCUCCUAGUACCUGUUGAUGUGGAUACAAACACUCCAUGUUAUGCCCUCAUCAAGGUUACCUACAAGGCUUCUCAGUGGUGUGAGGAAACGACAGUAAACCUCAUGGCGCCAAGCCUUCUUCCUGAAUUGCACUUACUAAAAGAGAUCAAAGUAAAAGGUCCCAAGUAUUGGGAGAUUAUGAUGGAUCUCUCUAAAGGGCUCGCAAGUUUGCAAUCAAUUCUAUCAAAAGACGGUUUUCUUUAUGUCAAGCUUCGAGCGGGACAUCUCUCCUACACGGAGGAUCCUAAAGGAUUUCGCAGUCUUUUAGCUCAGACAUUCACUCACAGAAACCCUGAGUUCCUUUCUAUCAAGCCUGAAGCUGUUUCAGCUUUUACUUCUGACCCAGCUUUGCUGUCGUUUGCGGAGUACUUUUGCAAACAAUCUAAGAAAGAGGGGAAACAGGACAUGCUGGACUUGCUGUCAUCCAUCCUAUACGAAUGCGUUACUCAAGAGAAGCCAGAAAUGCUACCUACAUAUAUUGCCAUUGACCAGGCUGUGAGAAGGUUAGAACGCAAAGAGCUGACCGAAACCUUUGAGCUGUGGCAGAUCAAAUUAGUGCAGCAAUUCUACAACUCGGUUUGUCUCCAGGAUAAAUUUAAAAACAGCACCAGUGCACUCCUCAUCAACUCUGAGUUUCUUCUGGCCAUGAAAAGCAUGUUGGACAAAACCCUGGAUCAAUGGCUACAUGCGUCAGGUGAUGUUCUGUUGCAUUCCUACCUAAGUGGUCAGCCUGUGGAGGAAUCGAAAAUCAGCAUGCUGGCUUGUUUCCUGGUCUAUCAUUCAGUGCCUACACUUCAACAAAUAGCAGCUACAGGAAUUGAAGGUACUGCAAGUUUCUCCGAACUUCUGCUCAAAUUCAGCCAACUACAUUUGCCAGUGCAGACUCUGCUGAGGUUAGCUCCAGUGAUGCUCGGCAGGCCCCAAGCAAUGUUGGUUUGAUGGUCACUGGGAUUUAUUACAACUCUAAACCUAGUCAGAUCAUUCGUGUCUCUUUAUUGUCCAGUUAUGGAAUUGUUUCUGCAUCACUUAAAACAUUUUUUAAACUAUCUUAUGGUUGUUAUUGUUGGAAAGCAUGUUAGCAAACACUGUUAAUGCCACCAGCAAUUGCUGUGCAUUGCCGACUGGAUUUAGAUGUGCAUAUGUUAACUGAAGAGGAACUGACUUUGUGAAUAAAAACAUCUACUUUUGCA